GACAACUUUUAAAAUUGACGCUCCCCGAGCUCAACCAUUUCAACACACUGAUCUGAAGAGACGGCCGGCUAGCUACACGUAGCAAUCUUCUCUACUUCUUGCCUUCCUCAGUGACAUGUUAAUGGUGUAGUCCAGAGCAUGAGACGAAGGCUAUUAGACUGUAACCGCCUGAAAAGGCUACCAAUGAAAAGAACCAGAGUUCCUGAACCUGGACCAACCAACUCAUACAUCCACUGGAAGUUACUGGUCGGUUGGUUGGUGAUCAUUCUCCUGGACACCAUGGCCGAUUUCCGACUUGAACUCAUCUACCCUGCAUUCAUGUUUGCCAGGAGUGUGUACGACUCGUAUAAAUACCAAGGACUGGUGUUUUCGUUGCUGUUCAUGUAUCUGGUGGUGUACUGUGAUCUGCUGUGGCUCUCCCUGCUCUCUGGGCCUAUGCUGUUUGUGGCCGCCAGCUCUUGUGUCUGGUUUGAGAUAGUCCGGUCUUUUGAUCAUGUGUACAACUGGUCGUUCCUCACUCUCUGGCUGCUGUUUGUUUAUGUCGAAGUAUCCUACAGAUUUUUCACUCCGCCUCAGCAUUUCUUCAACGUAUCACGGCCAUUUGCAGCCCACUGUAUUGGCUAUCCUGUGGUGACCAUGAGCUUCCUAAUCAAACAUCAGAUCACCCACAUCAUUCGACAGCGUCAACGAAAGAAAGUUGUGGAGGAAAAUUCAGUCUACUAUGGCAUUAUUCAAAAGGCCCUUCCUCAAGAGGACAUUCCAGAUGAUCAGUCAAGCGUAUCUGAAGACACUCCACCCUCUCUAACCAAUGGUAUACAUAGCAAUGGACACCUGAACAAACCGUCCCCGAAAGCUGCCACAUCGACCCCCCCUAAACAGAGCGUAAGAUCACAGAACUCCAACACAGGAAAGCACAGGAACUCAAAUAAUGUGAAGACGUCUCACGAAACGAAGCCAUUAUCGAAUCAUAAGUCGCCCCCAGAGAACUCUAACUCCCCAUCGGGACAGGUGGUUGCCAAUGGUGAUGUUGGACGACCUAUGUCUGCUGGGAAGGUACACUUACCGUCAGGAAAGAAGCAAGCGACCGUGAAGGCAGUACCCCGAGAGGAGCAACCUUUGACCUCACCAGUACAGGACAAGACUACAUGUAAGAAUACAGUGGAGAUACUCCAGACAGAGUUGAAACACGAGAGACAAGCGAGGGCAGAAGCUGAGGUCACCAUCAGUAGACUAGAGUUGGACAUCAAAAAACUACGUGCCGACCUUCAUGCUAGUUGUCUUCAAGAGGAGGAGACCACGUCUCGAGUGGACCAGCUGCUCUCUUCAGAGAAACACCACAAGCAGGAGCUGCAGAGAUUCAGAGCUGAAAGUGACACGUUGCACAACAAACUCUCAAAGCUGAGCUCCAAUAAGCACCACGAUCAGUCAUCUAUUGCAGACCUGGAGAAAAAACUCAGAGCUGAGUCUGGAGAGAGAGUACGAGUAGAGACAGAGCUUCGAGACCACAAACAUGCCACUCAGAAUUCAUGGAGUGACGAAGAAGUGCAGGAGCUCAAGUGUAAACUAUCUUCUAAGGACAAGGACAUCGAUUUUCUCAAAAAAGAUCUCCGAAAGCACGAGAAAAUGCUUGAGGGGGCACGCAAGGACCUUAACUUGAAAGAAAACGCUCUGAGGUCUUUUAAUGAGGAAAGGAAACAACUGAAAGCCUCUCUGGCAGACGAAACCAGAGUGAAGAUUGAGCUGUUCACAGCACUAAGCGAGGCACGACGAAAGUACCAAGGACUGAUGGACGAGUGCCAGAGGAGAGAUAUAGAGAUCAACCGUCUGCGUCAAAAUCUGGCUGAGGUCAUCGCUAUCAUUCCAGUGAGCAGUGUAGCAGCUGGGUACCAUCCAUCCUCCCCUUCUGUUGGAUCCCCUCAGCACUGAGCCAUGAGUGCCCCCUAUCACAUGACUGGAGUAGCAUUGUUGUUAGUUUAGGCAACCAUCCUUGUUUUGAACUGAUUUACUCUCUCUUAGGAUGUUAGUCACUUGCUUGAUUUCAAUUUUAUUUAGCCAAUCAAUUGGAAUCUAAAUGAUAAUUAUUGGAAGUGUCUGAAA